AAUAAUAAUGUUGUUGCGUGUACAAAAAUAGUGCAAAAUUUUACGGUCCACUUUUUUAAACUAAAUUAGACCGUAAAAACUUAUCGAAAGUUUGAGAAUGUGCUGUAAUACAUUGAGUUAUUAUUUCUGCUAAACAUUCCUUCCAACGAGCGUGGCAAAAUGGAACGCCAAGACCUGGAAGCCGUCGUCAACUCCCAAAAAGAGCAACUUUCGCGCUACGAAAAACGCCUUAAAGACGUGGUCACCGCGUACAAGGGCCUUCUGAAGGAAAAAACUGCCCUCGAGUCCAGUUUGGCCGCGUUCACCGGCAGCGGAAAGGAUGUCGCCACCGAUUCGUCCGCAACUUCCGGCCAAGUGUCCUCCUCCUCUCAGCAACAGCAGUCGGUGGCUGGUGAUGGUGGGGACGAUGCCCUGCGGGAGCAGGUCGCAACGCUGAUGAACUCGCUCGCGACGCUAACGGCGGAAAAGGGACGGAUGGAGAGCUCGUUUAAAAGUGACCGGAAGCAGCUGCGGGACGUGAUUGCGGAGAAGGAGGGCGCGAUCCGGGACUUGGAGCAGCAGAUUAAGGGUUUGAACUACACGAUAAAGACGGAUUUGGAGAACUGCAAGAGCAAGUUGAAGCAGGACCGCGAGGAGGAAUGUAACGGCCAGUUGGUGAUGAUUUGUGAGUUGCAGAAGCAGUUGCUGGACGAGCGGCACUUGAACGAAACGCUGGAGAUGCAGCUGCGCGAUUUGAAGAUUCAGUUUAACCAGAAACAUUCCGACAGGCGGGUCAACGAGAUGCCACAGGCGGAGUCCGAGAGGGUCCGGCAGCAUUCGGAGCUGCUCGAGAGCUCGAAGAAGGAGAAUGCGGCGUUGUCGUCGUUGUUGCAUCAAUUUCAGGGAGAAAUUGAGAAUCUUAAGCGGCAGCACGCGGCUGCGAUCCGUUCGGAGCAGAAACGAGUUCUGGUGGCGGAGGAACGCAGCAAGAAGCUCGAGCAGGUGCACGAGGAACGGGUUGCCAAUUUGGAGGCCCGGCUGGCCGAACUUAGCGAGGUUGUCGGCACGUACGACCGGCUUCGGCAGCAAGAUCAGGACAGUAUUUGCAAGUUGAAGGACAAGCUUUCGAAGAUUGCGGUUGAGAGCAAUGCAGGUGGGACGAGGCGGAUCAGCCAGGAGAGUAACGUCGAGCGGAUCGUGGAGGAGAUUGGGUACAUGAAGAACUUGCUGCUGGCGGAGAAUGCGAAGCUGGAGAAUCCGUUGGAUUUGUCGAGUUUGUUCACGGUGCACGUGGAGGAGAGUGUCGUACCGGCGCAGAGUACGAGUUUGGAGGAUUUUAGGAGCUUGGAAAGGAAUUUUGAGGCUUGUUUGAAGGAGAACGAGGUGUUGAAGGCAAACAUUCAGAUUCACAAGACCAACACGAAGACGCUGCAGGAGAAGAUCAAAGUGCUGAACGCGAACAUUGACGAUCUGGAGGUGGAGUAUAAAAACAAGCUGAUCGAGCAUAACAACGCGAUCAAGACGGAGAAGGUUCGCACGCAGGAGCUAAUCACGGCGCUCGAAUCCGACUUCAAGUCCAAACUGUCCCAGUUGGAGCAGCAGCUCAAGAAGCAACGCGAACGAUCACUUCAACUGCUCGAGGAAAAGGAGGAAGAGAUCAAGUCCCUCCGAACGUCAUUCGACAUCCUAAUGCACGAUUCCAGCGGCCAACAGCAGCAACAUUCCAACGGUUCCGACCCGGACCACCUCGUCGACAACCUCCCAAUCGCCCUCUCCAAAAAGAUCAACGCCCUCAACUCGGUCUUCAAAACGGACGCCGCCUCGAACCCCGAAACGCAUCACAUCCUGCACUACGCCCACGAGCUGGCCCGCAAGGAGAUCGAAAUAACCGCCCUCAGGACCGCCAAAAACAACGCCGAAGCGGCGCUCCGCCAGGCCCUGCACGACAAGAUCGCGUCCCAGGAGGAACUGCACGAUCGGAUCGCCCAGCUGGACGAGCAAAUCGAUCGGCUCGAGCGCUGCAAGUCCCGCGAAGGCGCCAACCUGGAGUAUCUGAAGAACGUGGUGUUGAGCUUCCUGACGUCGCAGGACGCCGACGGGAAGAAGCACAUGAUCAACGCGAUCGCGGCCGUGUUAAAGUUUAGCGCGGCCGAGAUGGCGUCGAUUGUGACGGUGGACGGGGGGAAGCGGUAGACGCGGGACCAGGAGGGAAUAAUAACUGAGGACAGUGUCGUGUGUGUGCGUGACGAAGAGGUUUAAAUUAUAGCAUGUUAUGUCGUA